CUCUCCGAUGAGCGUCUCCGAUGAGCUCCGGUCGCUAGAGGUCACGGGAAUCUACCGCCUCCCAGGCUCCCGCGCUGCCUUCUUGGACCCGGUGCGCCUGCUCAACGAAUCCUACAGGCGCUUCCGCCUCGUCCCCUCUUCGUACUACUCCCGAAGCUUCGGCCCGUCGAAUCAGGGAGGCGACGCGCAGGGCGAGCGGACGGCGCCGUCUCCGGAGCGGAAGAAGCGCAAGCGGAAGCGCCAGCCGAAGCCCCGGGAACUCAAUGCCGUGGAGCGGAUCGCGGAAGCGCGGCAUCAGGAAGCAAGGGCUUUGCUAAUUAGCGCGCAUAAAUCACUCCUUGAGGCGAAAGAUCUACUGGAGUUUCUUCCAGGGAUGGUCAAGGGAGAUGAAUGCAUGCAAGAUGUUCAAACUAGCUCUGAGAACAAUUUUGUUGAGCUUGGGAGCUCAUGGCGAGCACCUCUUUGUGAGAUGACUCUUUGCUUUCAGAAGCCCCAUGGUCAGGGCGAGGCAGGUCCCUGCCUUGUCCAAAGGAGGUCCAGUACGUUGUUUGAUAAGAUAAUCAGUAUUGAAGAAAAUGAUGAGGCGGAAGGAGAAUUUCAGAGUAGGCUCUAUAUUUUACCAAAAGGCAGUUGCUUCCUGAUGACUGACUUCAAACAUGUUCGUGAUCUCAUUCCUGAUAAUUCUAAUGAUGGUUACAACCUUAUAGUUAUUGACCCACCUUGGGAGAAUGGAUGUGUUCGUCAGAAAGAAGCGUAUCCUACACUUCCCAACAGAUAUUUGUUGUAUCUUCCAGUUCAAGAACUUGCUGAUCCAGCUGGAGCUCUUCUAGUUUUGUGGAUUACAAAUCGGGAGAAAUUGCGAAGAUUUGUUGAGGAUGAAUUGCUUCCAUCUUGGGGAGUUAAAGAUCCCACUGAGUUUUAUUGGCUGAAGGUGAAGUCGGAUGGUUCACUCAUUGGUGAUUUGGACUUGUUCCAUCACAGGCCUUAUGAGUGUCUUCUUCUUGGCUACAUAAAUGUUAAUAGAGAAGCUGAACCAGGAUCAAAUUUUAAGUUUCUGCAAGCUAGCCAAGUAAUUAUGAGUGUCCCGGGUGCACACUCAAGGAAACCUCCCCUUCAGAAAAUACUUUCCGAAUUUAUUCCUGGUUCUAAACCUCCAAGGUGCAUUGAGCUUUUUGCAAGAGAGUUGGGUUCUGAAUGGACCUCUUGGGGAAACGAGCCACUUCAUUUUCAGGAUUCCAUGUACUUCACGGAGAAGUAAAUUACAACAACACGAUAUGUGCAUUUUGAAUCGAUGAAAUGCUUUGUUGUUAUGUCUCAUGUUUUUCCGUAAGUAGUUCCUUCUUCCCAUUCUCUUACAUUUUCUAGCAAUGCACCCAUGCCUUGGCUUUACAAUAUUGUAUUUAGCUCCUCAGGUUAUUUGUUAAUGUGAGAAAAAACCACACCAUAAGCCAAAAAAAUGCCUCAUAUGGUUGUCCAUAUACAUCGUGGGAUUCACUACUGCAGAAACGCUUAUAGCCGCUA